AUGUACAUAAAGAUAAAAACCCUCGAAGGAACUGAAGUUCAGCUGGAGGUGGACCGGAAAAUGAAAGUAAAAAGGGUAAAAGAGCUUCUCCAGGAGAAAGAAGCCAUUUCCAUAGAGCAGCAGAGACUUAUUUAUGCAGGCAAGCAGCUAGUCGAUGCAAACGACUUGGAGGCGUACGGAAUACAGAACUACGACGUCCUCCACUUGGUGCUUGCGCUGCGGGGAGGGGUCAGAGACCCGUGA